GGAGCCCUAGCAAGACAAAAAUUGAAACCCAAACUCAUGUUUUGUUUCCUUUUCUUUACUCAGAUAAAAUAAAAAUGCUUUCUACUGAAUGUGAAACAGUGAGCGUACCAAAUAUUUUAGUGCCGUUGCAUGAACAUCUUUUAUCAUGUACAGAAGAAUCUAUCUAUUCUUGUGAUUUGUGUUACGGUGAAAAUGGCAUCGCCUAUCAGUGCACAGAGUGCGGCUAUCGGCUACACAAAGACUGUAUCCAGCGCUUUCUCAGCUACCCAUCUCCGUGCGGUCACUCCCUCAAGAUCUCCAUGCCCAAUAGAUCACCUCAGUAUGCAAAUGACCGAUGCCAUUUUUGUCAAAGCAAUCUUGCUUCUCCGUUUGCUCGUUGCACGAUGUGCAACAUAAACAUUAGCCUAAUUUGUAUGGGAAGUCAACCACCACCCACUAUUUGUGAACCAAAGCAUCACAAGCAUAGCCUCACUCUGUUGGUAAGGUUAGUCACCUUUAUAUGUAAUGCAUGUGGUGUGGAAGGCGACCGCAAUCCUUACGUAUGUCUUGAAUGCAAUCUGAUGGUCCACAAAGAUUGUAUCGAGAUGCUACCUCGAGUCAUAUGCAUCAACCGGCAUGAUCAUCGCAUCUCUCAUACUUUCCAUAUUGGUCAAGGAGAAGGAGAUUGGGAGUGUGGAGUUUGUCGGAAGACGAUUGAUUGGGUAUACGGAGCUUUUAAAUGCUCUCGUUGUCCUAGUUACGCCGUUCAUUCAAGAUGUGCAACGAAAAAGGAAGUGUGGGAUUUUAAAGAACUUGAAGAUGUGCCUGAAGAAGAAGAAGAAAUCGAAGAGCCAUUCAAGGUAUUCAGAGAAAACGAGAUCAUUCAUUUUAGUCAUGAAGAACAUGUUCUCAGAUUGGAUGAUGAGAAUAAUGUUAACACGCGCUGCGGAGGUUGCAUUCUUGCUAUCAACGGCGAUCCAUGCUACAAAUGCGUGGAAUGUGAUUUCGUGCUUCACAAAGCGUGUGCUAGUCUGCCUCGGAAGAAGAGACAUUUGUUGCACAACCAUAAACUCACUCUACAAGUUGAUGACUCUUCAGGAUUUACAUGUAAAGCUUGUGAAACCUGUUCUAAUGGUUUCAGGUACAAAUGUCUUGACGACAAUUGCGAAGAUGAUGUUGUGUAUGAUGUUCGGUGUAGUUCGGUAUCGGAACCAUUUCAGCAUGAUCUGCAUCCACAUCCCUUAUACUGAACAUUGGAAAGUUCCAAACGAUGUCAAGCUUGUGGCACAAAAAGCGACGAUAAUCUCCUAAACUGCACCGUCUGUGAUGAUUGCGCUUUUUGCAUGAAGUGCACUACUCUACCAAGGAAGGUAAAACACAGGUGCGAUGAUCAUUUUCUGUCAUUAUGUCAAGGUGUGGGAAACGCAAGCGGUGACUUGUGGUGUGAUAUUUGUGAGACCAAGACAGAUCCAAGUGUAUGUUACUAUACCUGUGAAGAAUGUGGGCUAAGUCUCCAUCUUGAUUGUGUUCUUGGAGAUUUUUAUUAUAUGAAGGUAGGAGUCACGGAAAUGAUCGGGAUUGAAGUAUUUGCCAACCAUGGAGUUACUCGACCUUUUUGCUUCGUUUGUGAUGUUCAUCAUUGCAAGUGUCCCUUCAUCGCGUGGAUAGAUAUGGGAGAAGAAGACUACUCUACUGGCUAUAUUUGUUCGAUGAACUGUGUAUUCACACUAGCUGAUAAAAAUUAGGGUAGAGCUUAAAACUGAAAAAAUGAGCCAUUUGAUAUGUGUCCCGAUGCUGCAAGAAACACUA